UCAGUAUCAAGUGAACAACGAGCAACGAUGGGUUGUCUAAAGAAGUUGGUGCUAGCAUCGGUCAUAACGGUCGCACUGGUUUCCGGUGCAUUGCUUCUGCUGUGGAUGUGGCUUGGAGUGGAAAUAAUUCCUAAUCAAAUUCGUGAUCCACGAAUGCUGCAGGAUCGAUCCUUCGACUAUAUUAUUGUCGGUGCCGGAACGGCAGGAUGUGUUUUGGCCAAUCGACUUUCCGAAAAUCCGAACGUUACCGUGCUGCUGGUGGAAGCGGGCGAUACGUUCGGUGCGGCAUCAAUCAUUCCACUGAUAAGUACCGCCAUGCAAGGUACCAAGUACGAUUGGGCAUUCCGUACGACACCGCAAAAAUAUUCCUCACACGGUUUGGGUAACAAUCAACAAUUGCUACCACGUGGCAAAGGAUUAGGUGGAUCCGGACAAAUCAACUAUAUGCUUCAUUUUACCGGCAUACCGGAGGAUUUUGACCGUUGGGAACGGCUAGGCGCACGUGACUGGAAUUGGCACGCAAUGAAACCUUACCUGGAUAAGCUGAACUACCCCUCGACUGAACCCGAAUCGUACGGCGAUGACAACAGUCAGCAGGAAUGUAACCAGGGGGAGCUUACUGGCGAGGAGUUGUAUGAGACAAACAAUCACUACGCAUCAAUUCUAUCGGAAAGCGACAAACAUGCAACCAUCAGCUUCUGCUCUCGGAAGACUUUCACCCAAAACAGACAUAUCUCCACAACGGAUCGCCUUCACAUCACCGAGGUGGACCCGCGCGAAUCCUUGCUGGCUAAAGUGUUCACCGAGGCACCACGGGAACUUGGCCAGCAGUAUCAUUUUAAGCCCGCCCGAUACACCAUUCACAAUGGAAUCCGUUGGAGUAGUUACCAUGCUUACCUGCGACCUGCUUUCGGACGUCCGAAUCUCUCCAUCCUGACAUCUUCCCUCGUCGCGAAGAUCCUGUUUGAUGACACCAAUCAUACGAAGGGUGUAAUGGUACAAUCUGUAGGACCUGGCCAUCAAUCACCGGUUCCCAUCACAGUCGGGCGGGAAGUGAUUCUUGCUGCCGGCGCUCUACACACACCCCAGAUUCUGAAACUUUCCGGUAUUGGACCAAAACUGGAACUGAAACGGCACGGUAUUGAGCUGGUACAUGAUUCACCCGGUGUGGGACAGAACUAUUUCGACCAUCUCAAUCUACCGCUGUUUGUGAGCAUCAACGUUACGGCCAGUGUAACGAUGGAUAAAGUCAUGUCGGUGGAUUCGAUCCUACAGUACCUGCAACACGGCCGAGGAGUAUUAUCCACGACGGCUAUCGCUGGCAUCGGAAGUCCUCGCGGUGGUCAGUAUGGGAUAAUCCUGUUCGGCAUGGGGAGUGUCGAUGAGCAAGCGUUACGUCACGUAUCAAACAUGGAGGAGGACACAUUCCGUGCUUUUUUCCCCUCCUAUCAAAAUACCAGCCAGGAAGGAUUUCUGUUCCUUAGCACUUGCCAUCAACCAGCCAGCCGGGGGGGCAUCUUCUUGCGCGAUCGUCACAUCGACAGUGUCCCAUUUUUCAAUCCUAACUAUCUGAAGGAUCGGGCCGACAUUGAGUGCAUGAUCAAAGCGAUCCGAUUAGCGGCACGUACGGUUCGAACGACCACUUUCCGGUCGAUUGGUGCCCAACUGCACUGGCCACACAUCAAACGAUGUUCAAAUUUCGGGCCACCGUUGGACAACAGUACGGAGGAACCGUCGGAUCGGUUUUUGGAGUGUAUUCUGCGUACUUCGGCGCUGACUGGACAUCAUCCCGGUGGAACGGCAGCCAUUGGAGUGCACGGUGACGGUGUGGUUGACAAUCAGCUCAGGGUUAACGGAGUGCACGGUUUGCGCGUCGUGGAUGCAAGCGUCUUUCCAGCUCCAUUGUCCGGUACACCGAACUCCGUCGUGAUUGCUGUGGCAGAGAAGGGUAGUGAUUUAAUAGUGCAAAAUAGUAAUUAA